AUGGUUGCUCAUGAUAUAUCCAUCCUUCUCGAUCUGAAGCUGCAGGAGGAAUGGCGCGGGGGCGCGAGGUUGUGCGGGAGUAACGACGCGGGGCGUGAGAUCGUGCGGGCGGGGCCAGAGGUCGUGGGAACGAAAGCUAAUGGAGAGAUAAAAGUACUAGAAUAUGUGGAGGAAGAGGGUUCAGAUGCUACUAAGCAACGUCAAGCCAGUGGCCUUUUAAAAUAUUUCCAGUCAUUUGAUUCUGCAUUCUUCCUACAUAUGAUGAUGAUUAUAUUAGCUUUAACAAAUGGGCUAUCAAAAACCUUUCAAAGAAAGGAUAUGGACAUUGUUAAUGCUAUAUCAGAUGUGGAAUCAGCUAAGCGAGAGCUAGAUAAGCUUAGAUCUGAGCAUGGAUGGAAUCCUCUCCUGAGCAAGGUAUGUUCUUUUUGCAACAAGAAUGAUAUUUCUGUUAUGGACAUGGAAAAGGAGUAUGCAAAUCCAAAGAAGCCAAGGCAAAGGACUGGCAUUAAUAAUGAGCAUCAUUACCGGGUCGACUGUUUUUUUGCUGUUUUGGAUUUAUUGGUAGAAGAACUAAACCACAGAUUCAAUGAGGUAAACAAUGGGUUGCUUUGUUGUAUGUUUGCUUUCAACCCAAGUUGUCGGUUUAGUCACUAUGAUGAUGAGAAGCUGAUGAAGUUGGCGAAGUUCUAUCCUAAUGACUUUAGUGAUAAUGAGCUAGACUAUCUUGAGAAAGAGCUUUGCCUCUACAUAGAUAAUGUACGCAAUGAUACAAGAUUUGCUAGCUUGGAAACUAUCAAUGAUCUGGCUAAACUGAUGGUGUCUACAAAGAAGCAUAAUUCUUAUCCUUUUGUCUAUCGGCUUUUAAAGCUAGUACUGACUCUUCCUGUUGCCACUGCAACUGUUGAGAGAUGCUUCUCGGCAAUGAAGCUUGUGAAAAAUGCUUUGCGUAAUAAGAUGGGUGAUGAUUAUUUGAGCAAUAGCCUUAUUGGCUUUGUGGAAAAAGAAAUGUUGGAUACUAUUCCUAAUGAGGUGAUAGUUAAACGCUUUCAUGCAAAAAAUCAUCGUGGAAUGAAACGGAAGGAGCUUGAAGGAUAGAAAUCAGGGACAUAGCAACAAAAAGGGAUAGCAUACCCAUAUUUCUCAAGUUAUUAUGUCUUAAGUGGUUAGUUUACUUUUAUUUUGGCACUGAACAUGUCAUAGUUAUGUGUGUGAUGACAUUAUCUUAUAAUAAAUUAUAUGAUUUUGCUUCUUCAA